AUGUUGGCCACCAGAACUUCCACAGCGAUUUUCUCUAUGGGGACUCCUGCUCCUCCUUCCAUUGGAGAAUCUUGGCAACUAAGUCCGGAAUCUGGACCUCAGAAAUCGUCGACCGCUGAUCACUUUUGUCAUUGUCUUCAUGACGAUGCUCCACCAGUGGUUCUACGAUUGAAACCGGAGGCUCAGACGACUGAACAUUGUUGUUUAUACUCUUAUCAGCGUAACUUGAUACUUCUUCCAGCUCUGUGGUCUCUGUUGUUUUUAUUUCGUAGGAUUGGGUGUUGGUAUUGUCUUACUUGGUUGCUCGGUGAAUGUUUUUGUCUUCUUUGA